AUGUUACCUGGCCUGGCCGCCGCCGCCGCGGCCCACAGAUGUAGCUGGUCCUCAUGGAACCGGCUUCGUCUGCCCUGCAGGGCGGCGGUCCGCGGCUCCUAUGACCGCCAGGAAUGGCAGAAUUUAGUGACAUUUGGAAGCUUUUCAAACCUGGUUCCCUUCCACCCAUACAUCUGUUCACUGAGUCAAGUAAAGUUGUACUCCACAAAUGUUCAAAAAGAAGGACAGGGACCACAGACUAUCAGAGUAGAAAAAGUACCAACACUUGAUGAAGCAGAAAAUAUGGGCGCAGAACUCAAAGCUCCACUUAUAAAGCAAGAACCUCUCCAAGUUAGAGUCAAAGCAGUCCUUAAGAAGAGGGACUAUGGACCAAAGUACACUCAGAAUAAUUUCAUCACUGGAGUCAGAGCAAUAAAUGAGUUCUGCCUUAAAUCCAGUGAUCUAGAACAACUUCGAAAAAUCAGGCGACGAAGCCCCCAUGAAGAUACUGAGUCCUUUACUGUCUACUUGAGAUCAGAUGUGGAGGCAAAAUCUUUGGAAGUUUGGGGAAGCCCUGAAGCUCUUGCCAGAGAGAAAAAACUUCGUAAAGAAGCAGAAAUAGAAUACAGAGAACGGCUAUUUAGAAACCAAAAAAUACUAAGAGAAUAUAGAGACUUCCUGGGAAACACCAAGCCACGCAGCAGAAUCACAUCGGUGUUUUUCAAGGGACCAGGAAAAGUGGUGAUGGUUGCCAUUUGCAUCAAUGGAUUAAACUGUUUCUUUAAAUUUCUUGCCUGGAUUUAUACUGGUUCAGCAAGUAUGUUUUCAGAAGCUAUCCAUUCAUUAUCUGAUACGUGUAAUCAGGGUUUGCUAGCGUUGGGCAUCAGUAAGUCUGUUCAAACACCAGAUUCUACUCAUCCAUAUGGUUUUUCAAAUAUGCGAUAUAUUGCUUCACUAAUUAGUGGUGUUGGUAUUUUCAUGAUGGGUGCAGGACUGUCUUGGUACCAUGGAAUCAUGGGAUUGCUUAAUCCUCAACCAAUGGAAUCUCUUCUAUGGGCAUAUUGUAUUUUAGCAGGAUCAUUGGUAUCAGAAGGAGCAACACUUCUUGUUGCUGUAAAUGAACUUCGUCGGAGUGCUCAGGCCAAGGGAAUGUCAUUUUAUAAGUAUGUCAUGGAAAGUCGGGAUCCUAGUACAAAUGUUAUAUUGCUGGAGGAUACUGCUGCAGUCUUGGGAGUGACCAUUGCAGCCACUUGCAUGGGGCUUACUUCUGUAACAGGCAAUCCACUGUAUGACAGCCUCGGUUCCUUGGGAGUGGGCACUUUACUAGGUGUGGUCUCGGCCUUCCUCAUCUACACCAACACGGAAGCACUUUUAGGGCGAUCCAUCCAGCCAGAGCAAGUACAACGGCUUACCGAACUCCUGGAGAAUGACCCUUCCGUAAGGGCAAUUCAUGAUGUUAAAACCACAGAUCUGGGAUUAGGCAAAGUGAGAUUUAAGGCAGAAGUAGAUUUUGAUGGGCGAGUUGUUACAAGGUCAUAUUUGGAAAAACAAGAUUUUGACCAAAUGUUACAAGAAAUUCAGGAAGUGAAAACUCCAGAAGAGCUGGAGAUCUUUAUGCUUAAACAUGGAGAAAAUAUUAUUGAUACUUUAGGAGCAGAAGUAGAUAGACUUGAGAAAGAACUGAAGAAACGAAAUCCUGAUGUCCGCCAUGUAGAUUUGGAGAUACUGUAA